CCUCCACCACAUCCUCUGCGCUCCGGCUGCUGCGCCCUUUACGCACCACCCGCAUGUCCUUUCUGGAAAGGAGCGAGAAGGUGGAGUGAUAAAGGUGGAGUGAUAAAGGUGGAUUGUGAAGAAUGAGUGAUUCUAAUCGUGGAGACAAUAAGAAAAACCGGUGAGACAAGGGAGAGGUGUCGUUUUUUGUCACUGCGCAACGGUAGUGGAGGUCGGUCAUGGUGGGACGAGGACUAUGGGUAUGUAAGCCCCGGUUUGGGAAGAGGGGGAGCAGGAUUGCACUUCUGCCUUAUCUGUGCACAGCCAUGGCGAGCGCGGCCCUGCUGGCUCUGCUCUUUGUGGACUAUAUUGAGUCCUGGGUCACCUCCAUCGGGAUGAACGGGGCGGUGGAGCAGCAAGCAGGCAUCAUCCCCCCGCAGAGUGUGCUCCCCACCCGGCCGGAGGAGUUCCUGCUCAUGCCUAGUCCUCUGGUGUGCCAGCGUGCCAAGCCUUACCUCAUAACCAUGGUGACCUCUGCUCCGGCCAACCAGAGGGCACGCCAGGCCGUCAGGGACACCUGGGGCGGGGAGGUGGAGGUGAGGGGCCUGCGGGUCAUGACCCUCUUCAUGGUGGGGGUGGCGUCCGACCCUGGGAUGGGCAAGCUGCUGAUAGAGGAGGCCCGGGAGCGGGGGGAUCUGAUCCAGGGUCGCUUUCUGGACACCUACUCCAACCUCACCCUGAAGACGCUGUCCAUGCUGGGCUGGGCCCGCCGGUUCUGCCCUCAGGCCCACUUCAUGGCCAAAGUGGACGACGACAUCCUGUUCAACCCCAGCGCCCUGCUGCACUACCUGAACAAGAGCAGAAACCCCUACGAGCAGGGCGACCUGUACCUGGGCAGGGUGCAUCUCCGCGUGGCCCCGGACCGUGACCCCGAGAGCAAGCACUACCUCCCUUCAGGGGCCUACCCUCCUUCCGUCUUCCCGGACUAUUGCAGCGGCACGGCCUACAUCCUGUCCCGGUCCGCAUUGCUCAAGAUCUCCCUGGCAGCCUCAGCAUCCCCCCUGUCCACGCCUCUGCCCCCGGAGGACGUGUUUGUCGGCCUGUGCGCCCGGACGGCCGGAGUGCUGCCAUCUCACUGCCCGCUGUUCUCCGGCGGCCCGGGUGUGCCAUACGGGCGAUGCUGCUAUCAGGCCAUGGUGUCCGUCCACCACAUCCCACCCAGGGAGAUGCUGCACUACUGGGCCGACGUGCACACCUCGCACCCUUGCUCCUGGCUGACUCUGCGCGCUUCUCUGGGACUCUGCAAAGUCAGGGCGAUGCUCGGGUCCGCUCUGGGGCUGGAGCAGGGUUUGUGAUGGAGGGCGAUGCACAGACAGAGAGGUGGACACACUGGGGCCGUGCCUUGCUUCAAAUACUGUGAACAGCACAAGUGCUCUUCAGGCUGUCAAAUGUCGCUUUAUUUUUUUUAGAGCUUUAUUUUUUUAAACACUUAUGUAUUUAAUCAGAUUAUUUUCUUUCUUUUUGCAGAAAAGAUGGUUGUCUUUCAUUCGACUGUUACAGCAUCCUUCAGUGUUACUCUGACACAUAUUGUAGAUAUAGAACCAACAACACUGGCAUGCUGAUAGUAUACAGCGAGGAAAUACAGCCACUUAAUGUAAAGAAUGCACAUUGGAGCACCUACUUACACACUAAGACUGAGAUCUAAAGGCUGCACCCCUCAUAUAAAACCUGUGUAGUCUAUUCAGGUACUUAAAGUGUAGAUGUCAUUCUAUUAAGACGCCUAAAUGCAUGAUGCUCCAAAUAGUACAAUAGAUAUCAAACCACAGGCUUCAUAUACCCAAUAGGAAGGAAUAAUACAAAUAAUGAUUUAUUCGCUGAAACCUUUUAAUGUUCGAAACAGAAAACGGAUUAGUUUGAAGUAUUGUGAUCUUUCAGUAUUGAUAAUAAUGAGGAUUAGUGUCAUUUAUCAUUUAGUCAUUUAUCGGACAGUUUUAAAAAGUGGAUGAAUUUUGAUCUUCUGUAUUUAGAGUCUCUGUUAUUCUGCUGCCUCGCAUCAACUAGAAGAUAGAACUGAUGUGAUACACAGCUUUAAUUUAUUACCUUUCUCUGUACUAGUGAGAUUAAACAUUAAGUAUAGUGUGAAUGAUAGGGUGUCUGGAGUGAGUGUAUUUUCAAUAAGCGUCAGGAUAAAGCCUCGAGCUGUCCUGCUCCACAGAGAAACAGUCAGGAAACACAUUUGAAUAUGUCUGCAUCGAAUGCUGUCACAAAUAAACCGCUCUGU